GUUUGCCAAGGGGAGGGGAUGAAAGAGUUCCCAUGUUUCGUUUUGUCGCCUCUAAUCUUUCCUCCAACCAGCAGCAAGAGGCCGUUUUAAAAGGCGUUUCCAUCCCUGUAUUUACUUGAAAAACAAUGAACGCUUUUGAUAGAAGAGAAAUUUGAAGACAUGCAGGCGGGACAACUGAAUGCCCACUCAUAUAACACAACAUAAUUUAACGCUGUCAAAAUGUAUUUAUUUCUCUUUCGUUGUCAUGACGAAAAAAAUCACGUAACUAAUUUGGACGGGAUAUAGCUGCACGUGCAAUUCAAAAAACGGAAAGGUUUUUUUUUCUUUUUCUGAAAUGUUAAGAUAUUUUUGUUUGGAAACACUGGAUUACCGACAGUCGUAAACUGUAUUGCCAAGCAACGGAGGUUGAUGCUAGUAAUUGCCGUCAGGCAUUUGUAGUUGCGUGGUCACUAGGAGUCCUAUAAUAUACGCAGGCUAGUUAGAUCGAUUGAGCACUAGUCUAUUUACAGGGGCUACUCUCACUCUCGCUACUCAAUCGGUUUCGACACACUUGAUACCUGGUUUGAAUUGAUCGUUGUUAUAGCUCAUGUUAAGCUGACCUACCUGAAAAGUGGGACCAUUUGUCUGUUGAACUGAAAGAAAUGGUGGGCAGACUAAAUUUGCCGAAUGUGUGUGACGACGAUCCACUGGAUAUGAGCUGCAAAGCUGAACGGGCACUUGACAGCCCGGACUCCGGACUACCUCCAAGCCCCAGUCCUAGCGCUUGGCUAUUGUCCCCGUGUGGCGAUAAAGGAGCAAUAAGUCCCGUUUCUGAAGACGAGGGCAAAGGGUCAGGGUUGGUUCCAGUUUUACCAAUUGGAUCUGUUCCCCAGCUGCACCCGUUGUCUUACGGAGAGGGAAUAGAACUGGAUCCACUACCGCCCAAGGAAAUACGAUACACCUCAUCUGUGCGCUACGACUCUGAGCGCCACUUCAUCCAUGAUAUAGCCCUCCAGCCACGAGGCCUGGGUCUGGAGCACUGCAGCCAGACUGUCAUCACCCUGCCCCACAGCACCUGGAGACACUACAAGACCCAACUGGAGUUCCAGCCUCGCCAACGAGCCCAGCGCUUUCAGAGCACCACUAUUGUGUACCCAAAACAUGCCCGUGCAGUCUACACCACAGAGCUAAGCUUCGACAGCCGCCGGCUAUCCAAACGCUUCCUCUCCAGUGUGGAGCUAGAGGCUGUUGAUCGCAGCAGGAUACCCCAGUGAGAGUAGAAGGAAGCUGGGUAACAACCUGUUGGAGGGCUCCUUUAUUUGUUGCAAUGGACUAGUGUGAACGAUUUGUUUUUAAACUAGACAUUGAACUUGGGACUAUGAACGUAAUAGAUGAUGUCAACAAAAGCAUUUUGAUCAAGAAGUAAAAGGCUGUUUGGAAAGUGUCCUCUUUAACAUAGUUGUUUGCGACCAGUCCAAAACCUGCUGUUGGGGCUGAUGAAAAUACGAUUUUCCAAUUCAAGACUCAAAUAUAACAGCUGCGUUUCCAUGCAGGAUUUGUAGUUUUGAACGAAAGUGACUUUGGAUUUGUAGAAGCAAAGGGUGUUGUAAAGUUACUGUACUCAAUUGGGCCACAACAUGGCUUUCAGGUCACAGGGUAUGUGGGUGGGAAUUUUGCACAAAGUUAGCUCAAUGGAUUCUCUAGGCAUGGAGAGAGAAAGAUAAAUAUUCAUGUUAUCCUAACACUUCACUGUAAAUAUUGUUCUUAAUUUAGAAAACGUUUUAUCAUAGAUCAUGUAAAGUUGAGCAAAUUGCAGCUAGUUUCAUUUUUAUCUGUAUUCUGGGAGAGUGGGAAGUGCUUUUAAAUUAAUUUUUUAAUGGACUGAAGCCAUAAUGGAUCAUAAUUGCUCAGAUGGUUAUUUGAAGGUUUAAUAUCUGCUGAGACUGACUGGCUUUUUACUAACAUGUUAUCAAGCACUAUUCAAUUAGUAAAUUAUACUCUCCUGUUUGGCCAAUAAGUCUGAUAUGUCUCAAUUUCAUCUAUCACCUCAAUAUUUGUAGUGAUUCAAGGGUAUCCACACUCCUUGUCCUAAAGGGACAUACUUUGAAGACAGAGAGUGUUUGUGACACUUGUUUGCCUCAUCAAAGUUAAAUGAUGUGCCUGGAUUUAAAGCUGUAUGUUUUUAAAUGUGUUUAAAAUAAAAUAUAACAGUGUUGUCA